AUGUUUCCAUAUCAGGGCCAACCACACCAAACAACUAGUGAUGACGCCAACGUGCGGCCAUUGACGGACGAAGACCAGCAGCAACUCUGGAGACUAGUCCAGAGAUAUGGGAUACCUAGCCUUCUCUGUGCAUUGACAGGGUCACCGUCAUCUUCUGGGGCCUCCACAUUCUCAGCAAGCACACUUAUCAGCAGCAUCAGUGCGCCCUCGUUGGCCUGGACUGGCUCGGAUGUAUCCCACUGCAGGUCCGACGACGCUUCUAUCCAUACUCAAUAUACUUGGCCCGAUGUAUCCCAUGAUAUGCAGCCGAUGCACGAUCCGGAACCCAGCAAAAUCAGUGAGCGAUCAUGGUUAGACUCACCAGCCGCCGACCCCGUGCCGCUUCCUCAGAAUGAUAUUACUUCCCAUCCGUCUCCGCCGCUGCUUACUCCCACCUCAAAAAAGUAUCAAUGCCCCAUGUGCUUCCUCGACAGUAGUCCCGUGGGCUUUGGACGCAAAAGCGACUUCAAAAAACACUUGCACAACUUCCACGGCGCUGAUGUGGUCUGGAUCUGUCAAAGUAAAGGCUGCCACUUGUCCUUCUCUACCGAGAGAGCGUAUAGUACUCAUGCCAAGGAGGCCCACAGAGUGAAAGCUUUGCCGAACAGCACAGCGCGAAAAGAGCUAUGUACCCAGCUUGUCUUUUCGUGUGGAUUUGCCGCCUGCAAAGACCGUUUGUUUGAAUCCCAGUCCGCCGAAGACGCCUCUGCAACACGGGACAAGCAUUUUGAGCACAUUGCCAAACACUUUGAGGAUGGUUGCGACGUCAAGGACUGGGAAUACAAGGUACAGAUUCAAAAUUUGAUGAGACAGCCACAAAUUAAAUCCACCUGGAAGACCUGCAUUUGGCCCAAGGAGAAGAGACAGGCGCUAAAUUGGCGGCCACGAUCGUCCGGGGACCUCAAACGGAUGCUCGAAUGCCGUCACCUUGGCAACGACAUCUCUAAUCUGGUUCGAUUGGCCUUCAUUUUGGGCACAGCUCCCUUUACGUCUCCGUUUACUCCUCCGCCGGGAGAAAUUGACAUGUACUUCCAACUCCCUUAUCGAGGUCAGUGUCCGAUUACCUCGCCCGGGCACAAUGUCAGCAACGCAGGAAGCCCCAAGCCCGACGAUGAUACUUCCUCGAUUCUCACGACGACGAAGAGCCGAUCAAGUCGAUCAAGCAUAUCCCAGUCCGUUUUCAGAUUGCCCAGUCGAAAGAGCAAACGAUCAUCCCGUCCACCAACUCCAGCUGGUAUUGUUGGCCUCAAUAGCACACCCGCCAACUCUGCCGUCAGCGUUACGAGUGCACCUUCAAGCGGCCCUAACGGAAGUAUUGACACAGUCAUGGGCGAGGACUUGCCCAGCGGCCCUCACCCCGGAACGCCAUUUCCGAUCCCUGACGAGUCUGUCUGGCCAGUCGACGCUCCGAAGUUUGCUCCUGAAGCACAACAGGAACCGCCAAAGCAAAUCAACAACGCAGCUGUUGACGGCCCGAUGAUGUACGCAAUGCAGAUGGAGCAGAAUCCCCACCAGUCUUGGUGCGCCAUGGAGUCCUUUGGUGCCUAUUCGCCACAAGUUGGUAUGCAACCUGGGUUAUAUGACUACACAAUGAAUGCGAGUCAAGCAUCAACGGUUCGGCCAGCAACUCCUGUUCCUCACAAGCGACCAGCUUCGUGGAACCGAGUGGUGAGCGUGGAGAGUCUUCGACCAGCCAAAAAAGCAACCCUGCAUGAGAGCAUUCCGCCAGAAAUGGUACCUACAAUGCUGGGCAUCUAG